AUGAAAAAUGAAAAUAUUCAAUCUCUACGCCAACUGGGAUACAAGGCUUUACGAUUAGGACACUAUUGCCAAGCUCAGAGCCAUUACAUUGCUGCCCUUAAUAUCAUUAAUAGCUUAAAGACUGAUCGUAUCGUCGAUAAAGAAUUAGAAUGUGAUCUUUAUCUUGAUGUUUCCAUAGUAUUAGCGAAACAACUUCAUUUACUUCAAGCUCUUGAAUAUUGUCAACGAUCGCAAAAAUUAGCUGGAGCAAUAAAUGAUCAAUAUCGCUUAGCUAAAUUGUUGGAUAACCAAGGUAAUAUUAAUAGGUUACAGGAAUUAUUUCAAAAAGCACUAGACAGUUACCGUGCAGCUCUUAAAUUAAAAUUAAAACUAUGUAAGAGCUCCAAUUUAGAUAUUACAGAUACAUUUUACGGCCUAGGACGCGUAUAUUAUGAUCAAUCUAAAUUUAACGAUGCUUUAUGUAUGUAUCAAAAGGCUAAAGAUAUUCGAUUACAGAUAUUAGGUGAUGAUAAUCUAGAAAUUGCUGAAUUAUAUUAUAGCAUUGGUAAUGUUUUAGCUCAGCAGCGGAAAGAUGAAGAAGCAUUAUCUAUGCAUAAGAAAUCUCUAAACAUUCGCAUAAAAUUACUAGAGAAGAAGGAUUUAGAGAUCGCCACAUCGUAUCAAAUGAUCGGUUUAGUAUAUAUGAAUCAACGCAAAAUAGAUGAUGCUUUACUAGCUUAUCAACAGGCUUUGGAUAUUCGAAUUGAAAUGAAGAAUGAUAGCUGUGUAGAAAUUGCUGAAUCUCAAGUUAGCCUUGGUGAUAUUUAUUAUGAGCGAAGUCAAUAUAAAGAUGCUGAGGCAAAAUAUCGCAUUGCCUUGGGCAUUUAUACCAAAUUAUUACACGAGGAUAAUCAAAAUCUUUAUAUGGCUAGACUAUUCAAUAAAAUUGGCAAUAUAUUCUUUUGCCAAUAUCAGUUCAAAGAGGCAUUAUCAUCGUAUCAAAAGUCUCUUAAUAUUCGAUUACAUGUGCUAGGAAAGACUUCCUUAGAUGUAUCAGAUUCAUACGAAAAAAUUGGUUGCCUCUACAUUAAGCAAGUAAAUUUCACUGAUGGAUUAUCGAUGUUGUACAAAAGUUUAAGCAUUAGAUCGGAAAUAGUAGGUAAUGAUAGUCUGCAAGUUGCGGAUUCCUACUUUAAUUUUGGAGCUACUUAUUACAAAGAAGAAAAGUUUACUGAUGCCCUGACUAUGUUUCAAAAAUGCGUCGAUAUUCAAAUUAAAACAUAUCGAGAGCUUACUUUCGAUAUCACUACUGUCAAUCACGCAAUCGCUACAGUGCUUACUGGCCAAGGUGAAAGCCAUCUUGAAGUAGCUUUAUCAUAUGACAAGAUUGGCGAUGUUUAUUGUCAUCAAUUAAAGUAUAUAGAAGCUAUGUCCAUGUAUCGAAAGUCUUUAAACAUUCGUCUGGCUCAAUUAGGAGAAAAUAAUUUAAUUAUUGCUGAAUCAUACGAUAACAUAGGCAAAAUUCAUGAAUGCCAACAUGAUUAUGAUUCGGCAUUAUCUAUAUAUGAGAAGUCUUUAACUAUACGUUUGGAAAUGUUAGGAAAACAUAAUUUGCUGGUUUCAAAAUCCUAUGACGAUAUUGGCAAUGUCUGUCGGUUAUUAUAUCAUUAUCCAAAAGCUAUAACUGCAUUUCAACAAUCACUCAAUAUUCAAAGUAAAGUUUUAGGGAAGGACAAAAGCGCGUGUAAAAAUGCCAAGGUUUCUCCAUCUGGUAGUGGAAAUGAAGACUUGGGUAAAAAGCUAACCUCAAUGCAUGAAGUUAUCGCAUCAACUCUACGAAUGAUUAGGUUACAAUUGAUCGAUGUUGAUAACAUAGGCAUCUAUCGAUCUUAUCGUAAUUUUGGGGUGGUUCGCUUAGCUGGAACUAAAUAUGAGAACAGUUUAUGCCUGUUUCAAAAAUCACGAAAUGUUCGAUACCAAAUAUGGGGAAAAAACCGUCAACAUUAUUAUCUUUCGUGCCGGCUUGAAAAAAAUGAUGAUCAUUCGCGCACAGAAUAUCCUAACACUCUUUCUCAAUAUCAAAGAGCAUUGCAAACACUAUUAAAGAACAUUGAACAUGUUGAUGUAUCUGUGGCUAAUUCAUGCGAUUACCUCGGUAACAUUUGUGAGAAUAUCUAUCGAUGUACGGAUGCUUUAUCAUUAUAUCAAAAAUCGCUUGAAAUUCGCCAGCAAAUAUUCGGAGAAAAUCAUAAUUUAGUAGCUAAUUCGUAUGACAAUAUUGGAUGCAUCUAUUGCAAUCUAUCUAAGUAUGAAGAAGCCAUAGGCAUGUUUAAUUUCUCUUUGCGUAUUCGACAGAAAAAAUUAACAAAUAUUAAUAAUAUGCGAAUAGCUGAGUGCUACGGAAAUAUUGCUCACGUAAAGUUUAUUUCGUUUUGUUACAAAGAUUCUCUUACCAUGUUUGAAAAAUUCUUGGAAAUUAUGUCAACCGUACUUGAUGGACACCAUAUCAGUACAGCUGAUGUCUAUAAUAAUAUCGGAGUAAUAAAAUAUCAUCUAUCAGAUUGUACGGAAGCAUUAAAGGAUUAUCAAGCUUCGCUAGACAUUCGUUUAGCAUUACUUGGCAGUAAUCAUCGAUAUGUUGCAGAUUCAUAUUAUAAUAUUGGCAUGGCUUAUAGAUAUGAGCGCCAUUAUGAUAAAGCGAUAGAAUCACUUCAGAAAUCGGUCAAUAUUUACACACAGUCUUUAAGACCUAAUCAUAGGCAAAUUGUCGAUGUUCGCCGUAUCAUUAAAAUAAUGAAUCGUAAAUAUUCUCCAAAAACAUCAAAAUCUAAACUGAAUAUCAUAUCCAAAUUUGUUGGUAAUAAUGCUCGUCAGCAUUACCAAGAUUUAUCCUCGACUAUUCAAUCUUCGGUGCAACAAGCUGAUAAUUUUCCAGCACAAAAUUUAUUUCCCGAUGAAAUUAAGCAAUCAACAGUGAAUGGAGAACAUACGAAGGUACCAGUAUAUAAUAUCUUACUGUAUCUCAAUCAUGUUUAUGUAAAACAGCUAUGUGCAUAA